GAGAAAAAGCAAGUACCCAAACCUGAACUGAAUCGUUUCUUCUCCGAGUAACCGCUAUCCAGAGAGAAAGAAAGCAUGGUAGCGUGUGCCAACGGCGACGGUUCUCUUCCUCCGCCACCGCGCGACGCCGCUUCCGUCCGAGACCCGCGGCUCUGCAAGCAUGUUCACGACAACGUCCACGGCAACAUUUUCCUCGAUCCUUUGAGCUUGAAGUUCAUAGAUACUGAGCAGUUUCAGAGGCUUCGCGAGUUGAAACAACUCGGUAUUACACACAUGGUUUACCCAGGUGCUGUGCAUUCAAGAUUUGAGCAUUCUCUUGGAGUGUAUUGGCUUGCUGGUCAAUGUGUUGAAAAGCUUAAAAGUUAUCAAGGAGAGCUUGAUAUUGAUAGAUUUGAUAUUCAAACAGUGAAACUUGCAGGACUUCUGCAUGAUGUGGGACAUGGCCCUUUCAGUCACUUGUUUGAAAGAGAGUUUCUUCCACAAGUUGUCAGCAAUUGUCAUUGGUCACAUGAACCAAUGUCAGUCAAUAUGGUUGAUUAUAUAGUUGAUGAACACCAUAUUGAUAUUGACUCUCAGAUGUUAAAAAGAGUCAAGGAGAUGAUACUAGCGAGCUCUGAAAUUGCUCUUCCCAGGAGCUCAAGUGAGAAAGGUUUCUUGUAUGAUAUUGUUGCAAAUGGACGAAAUGGAAUUGAUGUUGACAAAUUUGAUUAUAUAGCUCGUGACUGUCGAGCUUGUGGUCUGGGAUGCAACUUUGAAUUUCAAAGGUUACUGGAGACCAUGCGGGUUUUGGAUGAUGAGAUUUGCUAUCGUGCUAAAGACUAUCUCACCGUCCACAAGUUAUUUGCCACUCGUGCUGAUCUGUAUAGAACAGUUUAUAUGCAUCCAAAAGUGAAGGCAAUAGAGCUUAUGGUGGUUGAUGCACUUGUUCAAGCAAAUGAUUAUUUGGAGAUUUCAUCUCACAUUCAUAAUCCUUCUGAAUAUUGGAAGCUGGAUGACACAAUAGUUAAAACCAUUGAGACAGCUCCAUGUCCAGAACUAAAGGAAGCUAGGGAUUUGAUCCUCCGCAUUCGAAGGAGGGAUCUGUACCAGUUUUGUAACGAGUAUGCUGUACCAAGGGAUAUAAUGGACAAUUUUAAGAAAGUCACCGCCCAGGAUAUUGUUUGUUCCCAGAAGAGUGGCGGAGUUACUCUGAAAGAGGAGGAUGUAGCGGUUUGUAAUGUUAAAAUUGAUUUGACUCGUGGAAAGGAUAAUCCUCUGCAGAGCAUCCACUUUUUCAAGGACUAUGAUAGUGACGAAAAAUUUACAAUACCUGAUGAUCGCAUAAGCCACUUGCUGCCUACAUAUUAUCAAGAUAUGAUAGUUAGGGUGUACUCCAAAAAGCCAGAACUGGUUGAAGCAAUUUCAGAGGCUUUUGAAAAUUUUCAAUUAAAAAUGUACGGGAUCAAGGCUCAGGUGCAUGCAACACCAGACAAGAAGAAGCGUCGAUACAAUAAGUAAGCUGUACAUAAGAGCUGUAUUGCUACUUUUCUGGGCUCUCUUUUUGUUCGUAAGAGACUUCUUUUCCUUCUUAUCGAAGUAUACAAGUACAUAUAUUUUACACAGUUGAAUAUAGUUUGAGUCAAUAGCAGCUGUUUUGUAUUAAAGGUGGUGUUAAUUCCACACCAGAAACGAAUGCCACAACUCUGGAGUCUGUAAUAGACUAUAGUGUUUACUAUACAAGAACAACCUAUUACAUGUAUAGCAAUUAAUUGUUUCGGUGGUUAGCUGUAAUUGUCAGCGGGUGCAAUCUUUUUUUUGUCA